AUGUUGAACGCCGAAGCAAAAAUAGAAACCCUGGAAGAGGAUUGGGAAGGGAAAUGGUUCAGUAUCGUCGCCCGACUUUUCCCAAACAAACUCACAUUCCAAGGCGUAGGAUUCAGCGGGUGGGAGACAGACGAAUCGCAAUCUGCACAGGUGGCACUGGCACUGCCGCGCGAUGACGGCUUGACUCCUGUCAUCCCCCGCCAGCUCGGUGGUCCCGACCAGACAGCUCCGUGGCCAAGCACUUCAGCACAUGUGUCCUUUGCCCGGCCCGUCGAUCUAGAUACCUUCCAUAUCAAGCAAGGAGUCUGGCCGAGGCCGCUGGUCAAGACUUCGGUGUUCGUCAAACUCGGGUCUUACUUGCAGUCAGAGAACGACCGCCCUCCUCGCGAGGGCAUACACAUAUGCCACGUCCUCGUUCUCUUCCCCGUCGACCAGCAACCCUGGAAGUCUCUGGCCGGGUGGAUGCGAACCGCCGCGAACCCCUUUCCCAAGGGAUCGUGGAUCGCGUGCAGUGGUCGACUCCUGGGGGUCCUAGACCGCGACCUGAUCCAAGGCCCUCGGAAAGCCGAUCCCACUGUUCGAAUUCUGGUGAUUCUCGCCGACAGUUGGGAACUCAUUCGGCAGAAUUCCCCGUCAACCAACAAUACACCCACGCCGAAAUCAUCGGACCCUGUCGGCAACUUACCAACGACACCACGAUCGGCUGGCCCCGGAGCAGUCGCAAGCAGAAACCCGUUCUCUUCACUAGGCCGUGCUCAAAAUCCCACUUCCUCGCCUCAGAAUCCAUCUUCCUCGCCGGUUGCCCCAGAAACCGCAGAACGCGAAGCGAUCGAACCACCAUCCAGCCCUGGAGCACAGCUAGACUCGAUCACGGCCGAUCCCGAUCAGAUGCCCACAGAUGGCGAUGACUCGAACGAUGGUUCGGACACAGAGGAGCUAUUGGACGCUCAACUCGUCUCGAGCAGCAGUACCCCGACAAAGAAAAGGAAGGAACCAAGCUCUCCGGAACCGGCCAGAAGCAAGAGAUCCACAGCGGGAAGAAAGAAGGCGCGGCUGUAUGACUAG